UGAUGUUCCGACCCGCCAGCUCCCGGAGCGGCUGUGCCCCGCGCCCUCGCCCCGCGCCCACUGGCCGCUCAGGCGGAGUCAGCGCGCGCUCCGCCCGCCGCGCUCCGGGCUCGGAGCUCCGCACCCUGGGCUCGCCGCCUCCCAGGCCGGCUCCGCGCCCCUCACCCGGCGCCCCGGCGGGCGUAGCGCACCAUGCCGCAGCUGGACUCCGGCGGGGGCGGCGCGGGAGCAGGCGACGAUCUCGGCGCGCCCGACGAGCUGCUGGCCUUCCAGGACGAAGGCGAGGAACAGGACGACAAGAACCGCGACAGCUCCGCGGGCCCCGAGCGGGACCUGGCGGAGCUCAAGUCCUCACUGGUGAAUGAGUCCGAAGGCGCGGCCGCAGGCGCCGGGGUCCCGGGUCCCGGCGUCCGGGUACAUGGAGAGGCCGAGGGGGCGCCCGAGGCCCUGGGACGAGAGCACACUUCGCAGAGACUUUUCUCGGACAAACUUCCAGAGUCCCUGGAGGACGGCCUGAAGGCCCCGGAGUGUGCCAGUGGCAUGUACAAAGAGACUGUCUACUCUGCCUUCAAUCUGCUCAUGCACUACCCGCCGGCCUCGGGACCCGGGCAGCAUCCCCAGCCUCAAGCCCCGCUGCAUAACAAGGCCGGCCAGUCCCCACAUGGCGCUCCCCAACUUUCUCCGCUCUACGAACAUUUCAGUAGUCCACACUCCACCCCUGCACCUACGGACAUCAGCCAGAAGCAAGGAGUUCACAGGCCUCUGCAGACCCCUGAUCUGUCUGGAUUUUAUUCUCUGACCUCAGGCAGUAUGGGACAGCUCCCCCACACUGUAAGCUGGCCCAGCCCUCCUCUCUACCCCCUGUCCCCUUCCUGCGGAUAUAGACAGCACUUCCCUGCCCCCACUGCAGCCCCUGGCGCCCCCUAUCCCAGGUUCACCCAUCCAUCUUUGAUGCUGGGAUCUGGGGUACCUGGCCACCCAGCAGCCAUCCCUCACCCGGCCAUUGUGCCCUCCUCAGGGAAGCAGGAGCUGCAGCCAUAUGACCGAAGCCUGAAAACACAGGCAGAACCCAAGGCAGAGAAGGAGGCUAAGAAGCCCAUCAUCAAAAAACCCCUCAAUGCUUUCAUGCUUUACAUGAAGGAGAUGAGAGCCAAGGUCAUUGCAGAGUGCACACUCAAGGAGAGCGCUGCCAUCAACCAGAUCCUGGGUCGAAGGUGGCACGCGCUGUCUCGAGAGGAGCAGGCCAAGUACUAUGAACUGGCCCGUAAGGAAAGGCAGCUGCACAUGCAGUUGUACCCAGGCUGGUCGGCACGGGAUAACUAUGGAAAGAAGAAGAGGCGGUCAAGGGAAAAGCAUCAAGAAUCCACCACAGACCCUGGCUCGCCUAAGAAAUGUCGUGCUCGCUUUGGCCUCAACCAGCAGACGGAUUGGUGUGGUCCGUGCAGGAGGAAAAAGAAAUGCAUUCGGUACUUACCCGGAGAAGGCCGCUGCCCCAGCCCCGUUCCUUCCGAUGACAGUGCUCUAGGCUGUCCCCGGUCCCCAGCUCCCCAGGACUCACCCUCUUAUCUUCUGCUGCCCCCUUUCCCCACAGAACUGCUUGCUAGCGCAGUGGAGCCAGCACCAACAUUCUCAGGUCACUCUGCAGCUCUCACUCUUCCAGCCUCUGAGUCCCCAAAGAUCCCCCUCAGCACCCUCCAGAAUACACAAGUACAGCAACAGGAAUCUCAGAGACAGGCAGCCUAGCUAGCUGCCUUGCUUGCCAGACACUGAACACCUGGCUUGCUCCAGGGGCUCACCCCUAACUCAAGAGGCGGCACAUGGAACCAGCUAGGAGUCCUCUUAAGGUGGUGAAGAUUUCAAAGGCUGCACUGCUCCUGGAACCAGAGGCCAUCAAUUCAAGUGGUGGGGAUGAGAUCUGUGUAGCUGUAUCAUCUUACUAAGGGCAUCCUGGUGCCUACGGCAACCACAUCUCUUUCUCAUUGCUGGCUGGAUAUCUUUACUGUCCUUGUGGGUUGUUUUUUGCUGCGGGUCAGAUGGGCUGGACUGAGUUCAGGUGUUUUCCCUACAGAUGCUUCUCUUGCCCCCUGCCACACCUUCCCCAUGCCAGUAUCUUUCGGACCAAGAAUACCUGGUUUGUCACACAAGACGACUCCGUGGUUGACCAGCCACAAAAGUCUAAAUAAUAAUGCUUCUCUCUUAAGGAAACUGAGAAGCUCUGUUUACAAAAAACAGCUGCUGUUCUUAAGUUGGGCCAGAGGAAGCUUCUUACUGUGUUCUCAGGAGCUUGCAAGAGAAGGAGGAAGUAGGAUAGGUUACGUUAAGGCCUUCCAACCUUGGCAACAACAUAACACUGACCUACCUACUGGUGGGCAGUAGUCAGUUUUCACUAGAAUCACUCGGAAAUCUUGUAAGAACUCACCAGCGUUAGAAACUGCAGUCAAGUAAACUGAAGCUGGCCUAAAUCCAGGGUGCACCCUUCCCCAUCAGGCUCUUCCCAGUUCCAUUUCCAGCUCAUCUGAGUCAGCUGCUGGGCAGCUGUGAGAGGGCAAAUAUCAAAUCUCCCAACAGCCAGAGCCCGUCUUUCAGCAUUUAGAACUGGCCUGCUUCAGUUUCUCUACGGGGCUGCAGGAAGGAAGAGAUCUGUUAACUACUAAAGCAAGGAGCCCAUAAAACCUCUUGUGGUGGACAUGGUUCGUUGCCACAUUCUAGAAACCCUUUUUGAGCCAAACUUAACCCUGAGCCUUGAAAAACUUUAACUGGGUUUUUUUGUUUCGUUUUUUGCAUUCUCCUCACUGUAUAUAGCCUGAAUCCAAAGGGGCUAUCCAUGUAUUCCACACACCUCAAAAAGGAAAAAAAAAAAAAAAAGCCUUUAGUUCCUACUUUAGCCACUGGUUUCUCAACUCAAAGAUUAUGUUUAUAGUGUAGUGUUACAAGUCUUGGGGGGAAAAAACUGGCCAAAAGUGUGGUGGUACACACCUCUAAUCCCAGCACUUGGGAGGCAGAGGCAGGUGGCUACAUAGAGACCUUAUCUCAAAAGGAAAAACAGAAAAAUGAUGUAGUGUCCAAAAUAUUUUUGUAUUGUUAAUGCAUUAUCAUAGAAAAACUUUUUUAAACAUGAGAAUAAAGAUUCUUUUUACUGGGUUUUUCAAAGCCUGACUGAGUAAUAAGCUGUUUCAAUUAACAGUGCCUACACUUAAUGUUCCUUUUCUUCUGUCACAAAAACCUAGAGUGUAUUCCUUAACAUGUACAAAGAUGACAAGACAAACUGCAAAAAACAAAAAUCAGUCUAUCUCCUCCUGGGGCUUGGUCCUGAUCACCAUAGCUGAGCUCACUUUCCAAGCUCUGCUCUUAAUCUUUGGACACAGCAUUCAAGGGAAGCCAGCCUACUCCCUAGUACCUUUGUACACCAAUGAGCUGGCAGUUGCCAUCCAGACACUGGACAGUCCAACCUAAAAUGUAUUCAAGAUCUCUACUUCCCUUUAAGGGCAGAGAAAAGACAAGACACUCUGUACUUCAAAGAAAAGCAAUCCAGUCUUAAAAUUUAAUGUCACACAAGUCCUACACACACUUUUCACAAGGACUGGCUGUUAAGGCACUUUUCCCCAGUUUUGUGUAAGACCUGUGAAGUCAGAGUGACUCUUUUGCAUGCUAUCAACCAUGUGUAAAGUAUACUGUGCUAACUUUUAGAGCUCUAGCGUGGACAUGAAUAGUAUGAACAUCAUACCACCUUAGUAGGUCAGCCAUUGGAUAAUGAGUAUUUAAGGACAGCCACCAGAAUAUUAUCCUGCAUUGCCGCUGUCCCUGAAUAUUCUUUGGAUUUACAUCCCCAAAGUAUUUAUACAGGCCACUGGAAAUCACAGGUCUGGACUUAGACCUCUUUCUAAAGAUGAGCAGGCAAUCUUUGGAAAUCUUGUCCUAUUUUAAAAGAAAUCUGCUCUGGCUGUGGGCCUAGUACCUACAUUCUUAGCAAGUGCAAGUUGGGGUUUUUCUGUCUGAUCUUGUGUGUCCUCUUAAGUACACUGGGUACAUGAACAAUACACUCUUUGUGGAGUGCAGCGCCUGUGUGUGUUAGGGAGGGCACAUUGGCAACUCUUAGAAUCAAAACAACCAAAAACCAAAUUUGAAUCCUCCCCAAUCACAGUACUACAUUCCUGAGACCUGAGGAAGUCUUAAGGACCUGAGAAUGGAAACCUAAUUCGACUUUGUGACUCGUCACACAGGGAGCCAAGAACCCUCCCAAUUUUCGUAGACAUUAGAGAACAGGAUAUUCCCCUAGGCCCUUCUGACCCAUUCCAAAACAACUGGCAUAUACUUAGGAUUCUCUGAAAUACAUUAACUUUUCCCUGUGCUGCAGCUGCUUCCCAUUCUGUGCUGGAUGGAUAUAAUGAAAGCUGAGUGCAGCAAGCUACCAAGGCCUUCCUAUGUCUCCUAAUUUGAAGGCUUAAAUUUCUCUCUUUGCCAAGCUCAGUGACUGGACUCUUCUGAGAUAUAUCUCAAAUUCCUUUAGGCUGUGGAAGCCCGAGACAAAUCUCUGCCUAUCUCUGUUCGAUAAACAAUGAGCAGGAAUAGGAAGGCCUAGCCUAAUAGAAAUGGGAUGGCACUUUACACUCUACGCUCCAUUGCAUCUUAAUCCUAGGAAAACAGAAGGGAUAAGAACUCUAAGACCAUGUCAGAUCCUACUUACCAGGCAAAUGUGUCAAGAAUUUAAGACCCCAAAUGAAUUACAUAAAACUGAGCUUGUUUUUCUCUGUGGUUAUGAAGACUAUACUAGUUUCCUUGGGUCUUUUCAGAGCUUUCUUAAAAGUUUCUCUGUGCUUCCUUCUUUGACCUUCAUGAGUUCCUCAAUGUACGUAUUUGUGCACACACAAAAUUAUAAAAUUUUUUAAAAUCAAAGAUCUGUGAAGGAAGAUGCUACUGUACUUCGAAGGUAAAUUAUGAGAAGCACUGAAGAGGAUGCAGGUCAUUAGUAGAGCUAAUAUGCACAAGGCCCUGGGAUCAAAUCCUCAAACAGGGAAGGAGGCACAUAAUGCUGGGUUGAAAUACCAAGGCUAUGUGUUUCCCCUCAAUCUCAUUCUGCGCCUGAGUCACCUACUUCAUGGGGUUUCUCACUUCUAAGCCUUACACAGAUGCAUGAACACCUGUUUUACAAUCACUGUAUAUAAUAUUAAUUCUAGAGCUUCCACAAAGAUGGGUUUGUCCUGAACAUGCAGUGUUUCUGGGCUGGGUAAAUGUGUUGUUUAUUGUAGCAGUAACUGGCAGGAAAAACACUCCAGCUAACACUGGACUAUAACCUUCCUUCCCUACUGAACCAACACAAUGGGGAAAAUUAUUUCUUAAAAAUAGUUUCAGCGAGCAAUGCUUUCUAAAAGAAAAUGCCAGAUAAUGAUAUGCUUUAUUUUCAUAUGUACUUUUUAAAUUUAAGAGUUUUGUGUUUGUGUGUUUGUUUGUUUGUUUGUUUAAAGACAAGUGAUUGUGUAGCCCUGGCUCCUGGAACUUGCUCUGUAGAUCAAGCAAUCUUGAAACUCAAAGAGAUCUGCCUCCCAAGUGCUGAAAUUAAAGGAGCACGCCACCGCCCCCAAGAAUCUCUUCAAUUAAAAAGUAACUGAAUUUAAUUCAUUUAUUAAGUGAAGAGACACACAUCCACAAAAGCAACUGUAUACUACCUACUGUAUUACUUUUUAUUGAAAGGCAUCUUGCACUUAGGAUGGCUGCUUUCUGAGUUUCACCAUACACUUUAAUGUUAAAGGUUAAAUUACUUUUUACAUGCAAGUAGUGUUUCCUCAUCUGGUAACAUCUGAUGAUAAAAAGAUGACAUACCACAUAAAUUAACUGUCUUUUUUAAUUGAAAAGCUAACAAAUUGUCUAGUUACAUUCCCCCACCCCCAAACCGGGUAGUAAACUGAAUCUCUAUGCAACAUAUUCAAAACUGAAGAUUUAAAAUUAAAAAAAAAAAAAAAAAAAAAAAAGGACAAAA